UGAUAAUAUCUGUUUAUUAAUAUCUGAACUAAUCAAUCAACACACAUGCUGCUCUUUGUUCGUGUUGAUAUAGUAUUAUAAUUAAAAUGAAGAAAAAAAUAAAGUUUUCCCUCCUCAACUGCGUUUCCUCCCUCCAGACAGCAGAUGGCGAUAUGUGUCUUUCAGGCGAUGUUUCUAGUGUGACGUAUAUUCUAGUGGACGGAACUCGUCAUCAACAACUGCAGUCACCUCGGUAGCUCGCUAGGCAACAAAGUCGGAACAUUCAAGUUCUUUAGACAAUUUUCGUUAUUUUAAUUUUGCAACAAUGUUUUAACAUUCACACUUCUGUGGAAAGAACUAGUCAAUAGCAAAUUUUAAUUUCGUAUUGACGUUGUUGCUGUUAGUCAGUUAGCUGUCUGGUUAAGUUAGCUCUAGCAGAGUCGCUAAUGCUAACUAGCUAGCUAACAUCCCCCUGAACAUGAGUUUACUGAGAUACACUGAGAAAGGAAGAAAGCUCAUGGAAGAGGAGACUGUUACCGUCAAACAAGAAGUAGAAGAAGGUGAGGCUGUUACAGUGAAAGAAGAAAAGGAAGAAGCUUUCAGCGUGAAAGAGGAAGAGGAUGUUACAGUGAAGGAAGAAAAGGAAGAAGCUUUCAGCGUGAAAGAGGAAGAGGAUGUUACAGUGAAGGAAGAAAAGGAAGAAGCUUUCAGCGUGAAAGAGGAAGAGGAUGUUACAGUGAAGGAAGAAAAGGAUGCAGUUUUUGUAGUGAAGGAGGAGGAGGGGGAGAUGACUGUCACAGAGAAAGAAGAGGAAGACGUUUUUGGAUUGAAGGAUGAAGAGGGGGAGAUUACUGUCACAUUAGAGGAGGACGAAGAAGAGAAGACUGGAGAACUGAUUAACACCAGUACAUACAGAGAUAGACCAGACUCUCACUCUGACGGCAGGAAGAGUCCUUCAGAGGAACCAGACCCAGAGACGCCCAAACCAGCGAGACGACAUCACUGGUCAAAGUGUAAAAAGAGUUUUAAGUGGUUAUGGAAGCUGAAAAGUCAUGAUAGAACAGACACAGGAGAGAAGACUUCACAAUGUUCCCAAUGUGGGAAGAGUUUUACACGGUUAGGGAACCUGAAAAGGCAUGAGAGAAUACACACAGGAGAGAAACCUUUCCAAUGCUCCCAAUGUGGAAAGAGUUUCACAAGGUUAGGGAACUUGAAAGAACAUAAAAUAAUACACACCGUAGAGAAACCUUUCCAAUGCUCCCAGUGUGAAAAGGGCUUUAGGUGGUUAGGGAACCUGAAAAAGCAUGAGAGAACACACACAGCAGAGAAACCGUUCCAGUGCUCCCAGUGUGGGAAUGGUUUUACACAGUUAGGGAGCUUGAAGGAGCAUGAAAGGUUACACACAGGGGAGAAGCCUUUCCAAUGUUCCCAGUGUGGAAAGAGUUUUGCCCUGUUAGGGAGCCUGAAAAAGCAUGAGAGAACACACACAGGAGAAAAGCCGUUCCAAUGCUCCCAGUGUGGGAAGGGUUUUACACGGUUAGGGAAUCUGAAGGACCAUAAAAGAGUACACACAGGAGAGAAACCUUUCCAAUGUUCCCAGUGUGGAAAUAAUUUUACACGGUUACGGAGCCUGAACGAACAUAAAUUAGUACACUCAGGAGAGAAACGUUUCCAAUGUUCCCAGUGUGGAAAGGGUUUUAUUCUGUUAGGGAACCUGAAAAAGCAUGAGAGAACACACACAGGAGAAAAGCCGUUCCAAUGCUCCCACUGUGGAAAGAGUUUUACACAGUUAGGAAGCUUGAAGGUGCAUGAAAGGAUACACACAGGGGAGACAUCUUACCAUUGCUCUCUGUGUGGAAAGAAUUUUACCAAUUUAGGGAACCUAAAAAAACAUAAACAAUUACACACCGGAGCGAAACCUUUCCAAUGCUCCCAGUGUGGGAAGGGUUUUACACUGUUAGGGAACCUGAAUGAUCAUAAAAGAGUACACACAGGGGAGAAACGUUUCCAAUGCUCCCAGUGUGGAAUAGGUUUUACCCUGUUAGGGAACCUGAAAAAGCAUGAGAAAAUACACACAGGAGAGAAGUCUUUCCAAUGUUCCCAGUGUGGAAAUAGUUUUAAAAGUUUAGGGAGCUUGAAGGAGCAUGAAAGGAUACACACAUGGGAGACAGCUUACCAUUGCUCUCUGUGUGGAAAGAAUUUUACCAAGUUAGGGAACCUAAAAAAACAUGCAGAAUUUCACACAGGAAAGAAGCCUUUCCAAUGCACCCAGUGUGGAAAGGGUUUUACACGGUUAGGGAAUCUGAAGGACCAUAAAUUAAUACACACAAGAGAGAAACCUUUCCAAUGCUCCCAAUGUGGAAAGGGUUUUACCCUGUUAGGGAACCUGAAAAGGCAUGAGAGAACACACACAGUUUUAACCCCAGGAGUUGGAACCAGUUCAGAAAACCGCGAACAAAACAAAUGAAGAAACAGAAACCGAACCGGGAAAGAAAGUGAUCUCUACAGUUCUGGAACAGAACCGUUAUUUUAAAAGUAUGGUAACCAGUUAAUAACGUUAUUUUAAAAGUAACUGUCCGGUGGAAGAUUUUAUUAACUUUAAAAAGUGAAUAUUCUGUUAACUCAUCAUAAUAGUGUUGAGACAUCCUAUACUUGUAUCUCAAACAGACUGUUUUAAAAAAAAAUAUACUAUUUCCUCAUAGAACAUGUUAUCUCCCUGCGGAGGAUGAGCUGGCCAAUCUGUUGUUGGGAUACGCCCCACACCAUUCUGUUGUUGGG